AUGAAGAAGUGCAAUGCGACACGGUCUGGUAUUAAUCACAAAACUACCAUAGAUGUAACAAGAGUUGCUUCUACAACUGUUUCCCGCGUCGCUGUGAAAAGAACAUUUGAUGAGUUAAAUGAUUCCGAGAGUUCACGAGGGACCUUCUCUCCAGUACAUAAACAGAGAGAUUUUAUCCGCUCAACUCUAAAUGGAGAUCCUGGGACUCUAAAGGCAAGUGAAAUUGAUAACAUUACUGUCCAAAAUUCUUCCGAGUAUUCACAAAGAAGGCAACUUGCUUUAACGCCUACGCCAACACAAAAUCCCUUGCUUGAUUUGGCACAUCCUGCAUAUCAACUACCGAAGCAACUGAUCGAAAACUUUGCUGCCCUGGGAAUUAUUUCCAUAUAUCCGUGGCAGUCAGAAUGUCUUCUACGUAGCGGUGCGCUUGCUGGAGAACGUAACCUUGUGUAUACCGCUCCUACAGGGGGUGGCAAGUCACUUGUUGCGGAUGUCCUCAUGCUCAAGAAGAUCAUACAGAACCCAGCGAAGAAAGCUCUGUUGGUAUUGCCUUAUGUUGCACUGGUUCAAGAGAAACUCCGAUGGCUCCGAAAAGUUGUCGAGGGCAUUUCCAAAGAGACAUCUUCCCGGGAACCGAAGUGGCCAUCGAUGUGGCGGAAUCGAGGGGAUGAAAACACCAUCAGAGUGACUGGGUUUUAUGGUGGCAGCAAGUCAAGAUCAACGUGGACUGACGUGGAUAUUGCUGUGUGCACCAUCGAAAAGGCAAACUCGCUUGUCAAUGCGGCCAUUGAUGAUUGCUCCAUAGGAAAUCUUGGAGUCGUAGUUAUGGACGAAAUACAUUUCAUAAACGAUGAAAGUCGUGGAUAUAUACUGGAAUUAAUGGCUACAAAGCUGCUUAGCUUGGAGCAAGGUGUACAAAUAGUUGGCAUGAGCGCAACUCUCGAUAAUGCAGACUUGCUCGCAAAAUGGCUCAAUAAUGCCAAAUUUUACAUUUCAAAUUACAGAGCUGUCCCCGUAGAAGAGCAUCUUGUAUUUGAGAAUGCUGUAUAUCCAGCUUCGAGUUCGAACAGAUUCUACAAGACAGCCUCACAACUCAAUUCCCAGAUCAGAAACAAUUCGAUGGGUCCACUUCCAAAACCUCAUAGACUAAUACAGACUUCACAGCAUAAGGAGUUCAGCAAUCCACUACUAAAUUCCGUCGUUGCUUUGGCCAAUGAAACUGCUAGAAGUGGCUAUGGUGUCUUAGUUUUCUGCAGCAAUCAAGUGCUGGAGAAAACAGUUCCUAUGGGUGUAGCAUUUCAUCAUGCUGGCCUUACUACAGAAGAGCGUGACUUAGUUGCGGCGGCCUACGAUGAAGGGGUAUUGAAAGUCAUGGUAGCGACGUGCAGUCUCGCGGCUGGUAUCAAUCUACCCGCUAGACGUGUGAUAUUACAUGGCGCUAGAAUGGGUUCUGAUUUGGUCGGUCCUUCGAUGCUUCGUCAGAUGAGAGGUAGAGCUGGACGCAAGGGAAAAGAUGAAAUUGGAGAAACAUAUCUCUGUUGCCAAAAGUCUGACCUCGAGGCCGUUGCCGAACUCAUGGAAGCCGAAAUUCCCUCAGUAGAGAGCUGUUUGGUACCGGGAAAGCGAGGUGUUAAAAGGGCAUUGCUUGAGGUUAUAGCUACAAAAUUGGCAACAGGCAGCGAUUCAAUCGAUGACUACGUGAAGAAAACCCUUCUAUAUCAUAUGAUUGAUCAGGAGGAGCUAAGAUCGAUGGUUGAAAUGACCCUUAAAGAUCUACUCGAAAACCAACUCGUCGAACAGACGCAAUCAUAUUCGUACGAAGCCACACGCCUCGGACUGGCUAUUGUAGCUUCAUCUCUCGCUCCAGAGGAUGGCUUAUUCGUUCACAAAGAAUUGCGAAAAUCCCUCGAAGCAUUUGUACUGGAUGGCGAAAUGCAUGUACUCUACACUUUCACGCCUGUCCAGGCUAUGCAGGGCAACAUUAAUUGGCAAGUUUUCCGAAAGGAAGUCGAUAUACUUGAUGAGAGCAACUUGAGAGUCCUUGGCGGAUCGAUGAAAGAGUCGACGCCAGAAGAGAUCGAGAUCGCUCGAGUAUACAAGAGGUUCUAUACGGCUUUGCAACUUCGAGACCUCUGUAACGAAAUGCCGGUCUAUGCUGUGGCUCGUAAAUAUGACUUACCACGAGGAACCAUACAAAACCUGGCUCAAACAUGUCAUGGCUUCGCUGCAGGGAUGAUCAAGUUUUGUGAGAAAAUGGAUUGGGGAGCACUAGCUGCAGUGCUUGAUCAUUUCUCUGAUCGAUUGAAAGCUGGCGCCAAAUCCGAUCUGCUCGCCUUGGCGGAAAUAACAUUCAUCAAAAGUCGAACGGCAAGAAUCUUUUGGGACAACGGAUAUAAAACAGUUGGAGCGGUUGCUGCAGCGGAGUCGAAAGAACUACUGCGCAUACUCCUCAUGGCUCAGCCGAGGAAAUUGCGGCUAGCGUCCGACGACGAGGAAAAGUACCACGCUAAGCUUCUUGCCAAAGCCGCGAAGAUCGUUGAAUCGGCGAACCGGAUAUGGGAACGACAGAUGCAGCAGGAAAUCAUAGCCGAAUUACCUCAAGACUACCCUAGCCAUCCGCCUUCAGUAACACUGCUUGACAUAUGCCUGUAUCGACAAGAGAUUGGAGACGUGCUAGGCGUUAAAACUGCGGAUGGAAAGGAGCAUCAGGGUGACAGGCCAAUACUCGCAGCAGAGGCUGGAGCCGAUGCGCUCUUCGAUUUUAAAGACCAGCUUCGGCCAACGGCUUGGACUCUAGGGCACAUCAAGAUGUCAGCGGAUGAAAUUAAAUUGUAUAAAGACCUCCCGGUUCUUUUCAAUAUAGAGAAAGGGUUUUUCAUGGAGCCAGACGAGGAUAAUCACGAGCUCAAAAUAUGUGAUGAGCAUCCUAGUUCCAAGACCAGAUGGCAAACUAAGGAGCAUUCCUUGUUCAGAGCAGCAGAUUCCCAAAGAUUCAGCGAAGAGGAUCCGGCAAUUUCUCCUCGAGACGAUGCCCCAACUUGCAGACCGCCCCUUAUCCUUUGCCCGGAUUUGUUGGUGCGCCGAUACCCCUGA